AUUCCGGGUAUAUAAGUUGUUAGCAUAAACGGUCACUCGUACAGUUCACUUCAGACUGAAAGCCUAAUUGGAAGUUUAGAAUACACAACUCUAUAGUCCAAUUCUUAUUUUUUUUUAUUAUUAAUUUUUAAAUUUACAAAAAUGUUCUCAAAAUUGACCCUUGUAGCCCUCAUCUCAAUUGCGGUUGCCGCUCCUCAGCAUCCGCCAGCAGCUCAAUUCCCAGCUGGAGUGGACCCAUCAAAGUGCCCUGGUUUCCCAAUCUGUGAUAAUGCACUCCUGCAUAACCAACAGCCCAGCUGGGGUGCUCCAGCUCCAUCCUGGAAUCCACAACCACAACCACAAUGGAACCAACCUCAGCCACAAUGGAAUCAACCCCAACCACAGUGGAAUCCACAACCUCAACCACAAUGGAACCAGCCACAACCAUCAUGGAACCCAGCUCCAUAUCAGGCGCCAUCCGUUGGCGGUGACAAAUACCCAGCUGGAGUGAAUCCACAAAGCUGCCCCAACUAUCCAUUCUGUGAUGGCGCUGCCGGUCAUGGUGCUGUCGCUGCUCCACCAUUGCCAGGCUGGACUGAAAGACAAUACCCCGCCGGAGUGUCACCUCACACCUGCCCCAACUUCCCAUACUGCAACUAAGGAUUAAAAAUUUAAAAUUCAGUUUUUAGUCUUCUGUCCUAUAAAAAAAGCCUCAGCUGUUGCACUGCCUAGCUUCUAAAUAUUUCACUCAUUUCCCCCAGUUUUUUUUUCCGUUUUCCUUUUUUUUAUUUUCAAAUUCUUUUUUACUUUCUGUUCUUUUUUUCCUAUAUGUUGACGAAUUUCUUUUCUAUUCAUUUGUUUGUUUUAUAUUUUUUUUUAAGUUUUCCCAAAAGAAAAUAAUAAAUGAUAAAAAUAUUAAAAAAUUAAA